GAACUUUAGAUUUGAGAAAAGAAAGAGAAGGAAAAUGGUGGGGGGAGGGAAGGAAUUGGUUUACAGAGAAAUCCCAGCUCAGUUUUCUUGAUUCUUCUUUUUGUUUUUGGAUGGGGUAGUUUGAUUUGAAAGUGGGUAAUUUUCUUUUUUCGUGUUUUGCAGAACUAUUUUUGUCUUUGUUUGGACAGUGACUUUGCUGAAUGAAGUUUUGAAAUAUUUUGGGUACAGAAAAGAAAAAUAAAGAAAAUAGAAACCCUGUUCAACUUUCUUCAUCAUUAAGUGGGUUGAUUUGUCUUUUUGUGAUUUCAACAGUUUCAUUUGGAUCUGAUUACCUUCUUUACUUGGUUUUCCAAUUUUGGACAGAGAAAAGCCUUUGUCUUUGUUGAGACAGUGGUUUAUCUUACCUGUAGCAUGAAUUACUUUAAGUGCUCUGCAAAUUUCUUUUCAUGAAAAAGAUUUUAUUUUAAUUAAAUGAAUCUCGCUUUCAGUUUGUUUGCUUUUCCAAUAAAACUAUGUUUUUCUUAAUACAUAAAAUAUAUUGGACAAUAUGGACGUGUGGGGAAGGACCAUUGAUCAUAAUUCGUCUCUGUACAAGUUGGGUUUGUGGGUGGCUUCUACGCAUUCUGUCCUUUCCUGUUUGGUCCCAAUUUGGCCCUUCCAUAUAAAUGGCGUCAUACAAGUCUACCAUAAACCUGGUUUUGUAGUUGUCCUGACUUCUGACAAGCCACAACAUUAAACUAUCAAUCUCCCAGAAAUUGACAUUGAAUUUCUGUUGCUGCUUCAGUUCUAAGCAUUUCACCUCCGGGAAUCUGAGAAUCAAUCUUCUGCUGACAAGUUUCGGACAAAGGCUAUGCGGGCAAGGAGAGGAAAACGCUCUGAGGCCUUUUGGCCUUCCAUUGUGAUGAAGAAAUGGUUAAAUAUCAAGCCCAAGGUGUAUGAUUUUAGUGAGGAUGAAGUUGAUACUGAAACUGAGAGUGAAGAUGAUGCUUGCUCUCUCAAGGAUGAAAGAACACAUAAUCACGAGGAUCGUGCUCGUAGGGCACAGAGGAACUUAUCUACAUGUUCAAGUCGAAUUUCAGACGUUCCUCGUAGUUACCAGUCGAGACACAGACGGGGCAAAUCAGAAACUCUUCGAGUUCAGUACAUAAAUACAAAGGAUCUGAGGGUAACGAUAGCAACGUGGAAUGUUGCUGGAAGAGUUCCAGAUGAAGAUCUUGAGAUAGAUGAUUGGCUUUGUACAGAAGAACCUGGAGAUAUUUAUAUUAUAGGUUUCCAAGAAGUCGUCCCUUUGAAUGCUGGGAACGUGCUGGGAGCAGAGGAUAACAAGCCAAUUCCGAAAUGGGAGGCAAUCAUUCGAAGGACCCUCAACAAGUCUUUUGAACCUGAAAACAAACAUAAAAGCUACAGUGCCCCACCCUCUCCAGUAUUGAGGACUUCAUCUGUUGCGGAUGUACUUGCAGAUGAGGUUAAUGAUGAACAGUUAAAGAUGAUAGGUGAUGAAUUUUCUGGGAAUGUUGGUUUUGAUUUGGAUCAGCAUCCCCUGAACAAAGUAAACGGCUUGAACGCCAAUUUACGGUUAAGGAGAAUUUAUGGCAUUGACUGUGACCACAGAUUAGACUGGCCUGAACAUUCAUUAGAUGCAACCCCUCAAGUUAUCUCUUCGAAUUCAAAACUCCGGAGAGUACUGAGCAGUUCUGCAAGAAUUGGCUUCCAGAACUCGGAGAAUCCUCUAAUAUUCCCUCUGCAGAGUUUUUCGAGAAACGGUAAUGGGUUGAAAAGGGCAUUCCUUAGUUCUGGGAAUCUAGUGUCAGCCUGGAGGGAGCAGCAACAGACUUCAGAAGUUUUGGACUCCCUUUCUGAUGUAUCUGACACUUUUGUUGAAGAGGAGGAUGAUACUUUCCCAGAAGAACUUAUAGAGCAACAAGUUGAUGGGGAUCCAGAACACUGCAUGAGAUCUUAUCCAAAAUACGUGAGAGUUGUCAGCAAGCAGAUGGUAGGGAUAUAUGUGUCGGUUUGGGUGCGUAAGAGAUUGAGGAGACACAUUAACAAUUUGAAAGUUUCUCCCGUUGGAGUUGGUCUUAUGGGCUACAUGGGAAACAAGGGGUCGGUUUCUGUGAGCAUGUCUCUUUAUCAGUCACGGUUAUGCUUUGUUUGUUCUCAUUUGACCUCUGGCCAGAAGGAUGGAGCUGAACAUAAGCGUAAUGCUGAUGUGAAUGAAAUCAUAAGGCGAACAUGUUUUUCAUCUGUGUUCGAUUCAGAACAGCCACAGACAAUACCGUCUCAUGAUCAAAUAUUCUGGUUUGGUGAUUUGAACUAUCGUCUAAAUGCUUCGGACUCGGAGGCAAGGAGGCUUGUUGCCCAGAAAAAGUGGGACGAACUCAUCAACUAUGAUCAGCUUAUCAGAGAACUGCGCACGGGGCAUGUGUUUGAGGGAUGGAAAGAGGGAAUAUUAGAUUUCCCGCCAACUUAUAAAUAUGAAUUCAACUCCGAUAGAUACAAUGGCGAAAACCCGAAAGAAGGAGAGAAGAGACGGUCUCCAGCAUGGUGCGAUCGGAUCUUAUGGCUGGGAAAGGGCAUUAAGCAACUGUGUUACAAGAAUGCAGACAUAAGGCUAUCAGAUCACAGGCCAGUGAGCUCAGUGUUUCAAGUUGAGGUUGAAGUUUUGGACCAUAGGAAGUUGGAGAGAGCUCUGAUUUACACAAAUGCAGCUGCAGUUCAUCCAGAGAUUUUCCCUCUUGAAAGUGGGGAAUUUGGCUUAGACUUCUAGCUGAGCAACCCCAUUUCACUUCCACCAGGUUACAAUAAUGAUAUAUAUUUUAUUCUUUUUGUUUCUUUUUUCUAAAUGUUCUUGAAGGAAAUGUAGUAAUGAAAAGUUGGAAAAAGUAGGAAACCCAAUAGUGUUUUCUACAAAUAUUAACAUCAUUGUUUUGCACCAAAACUUGAAACUUGAGGGAUAAUUAGAACUUUCAUUUCAUCUUUACAUUUGUAUGAGAUAUUAGAAGAUGGGUUGGUUGAGAGUUGAGUUUAAAGAUUUAACUAAGAUGAAACUUUUCUUUGAAAUUUAUUGUCAUUUGUUACCAAGACACUGUUUUGUUUGGGUGAAUUUUGAUGGACCAAGUAAGGGUAUUCAUGACAUUUCACUUGACAGAGUUCUCGA